AUGACAAAGUUUACCCGAUGCAUGCUGCCCUUGUUCUGUAUUACAAUUUUGGCCUCAGCACAAAGUGCCACUCCUUUGUCAUGGCGUAGCAAAUAUGGUUGGACUGCUUUCUGUGGACCUGUCGGGCCUCUAGGCCCCGAUUGUUGUGGCCGUUGCUUGAAGGUGACAAACACUAAAAGUGGAGAUGAGGAAAUAGUAAGAAUUAUUGACCAGUACCAUAAUGAGGGCUUAGAUUUAGAGGUUAGUGUGUUUCGGAGGCUUGAUUCGGAUGGAAAUGGGGAUGCUCAGGGUCAUCUUAUUAUCAACUAUGAUUUUGUGGAUUGUGAGGACUAA